GCGCCCCCCCACAGCAGCAGCGGCGAGUCGAGGAGCGAGUGGCGCCUUAGGCCAGCCUCGUCGCACGGGUUGCAACGCGAGCAUAGCCAAGGGGAAGCACCCCCCCCGCCACCCCCCGCCACACCAGCUGGUUCAUUAAUCGAUAAAUUGAUCAGUUAUCGUCGUGAGCGCGAGUCGGUGUGAGGCGACAUGGCGGGCACGGCGCUCAAGAGGCUCAUGGCCGAGUACAAGCAGCUCACGCUGAAUCCACCGGAGGGCAUUGUGGCGGGACCGGUGGAUGAAGAGAACUUCUUCGAAUGGGAAGCUCUCAUUAUGGGCCCCGAGGGCACGUGCUUUGAGGGCGGAGUGUUCCCCGCCGUGCUCACCUUCCCUCCCGACUACCCGCUCAGCCCACCCAAGAUGCGCUUCACCUGCGAGAUGUUCCACCCCAACAUUUACCCAGACGGGCGAGUGUGCAUCUCCAUCCUGCAUGCGCCGGGCGACGACCCCAUGGGCUACGAGAGCAGCGCCGAGCGCUGGAGCCCCGUGCAGAGCGUGGAGAAGAUCCUGCUGUCCGUCGUCAGCAUGCUCGCCGAACCCAACGACGAGAGCGGAGCGAACGUCGACGCAUCCAAGAUGUGGCGCGAGGAUCGCGAGCAGUUCUACCGCAUCGCUCACCAGACUGUGCGCAAAUCACUCGGCCUGUAGAUCAUCGGCACCUGGAGCUUGAGAGUUUUAUUUAAAAAAUAAAAAAGAAUAAUACUACAUGCUAUAGAACAGAGCGUCCUCGGAAUACCAGGUUCACUCACGGGUGGUUCGUCCGUUUUUCUUAUCAAUUAGCCCGCUAUUUUCUAUUUUUAGUUCACGUACAGCUUGUGGCGGUACUGGUAAGAGUGCAGCGCUGCAAUUGCUCCCUCGCGUCACUCCUGGCAGAAGGGCCUCCACUGAAGGAGUUCUAAAGGGGUUCUAGGGAGCCCCUUGAGAAAAUGUGGCUUAUUCAUCCACAAACAGCUUGUAAUGUUUAUGUUACUUGUUAAAUUGUAAAAAAAAAGGUAAAAAAAAAACACUGCGGACUCCACCGAAACUGACAAGUCAAUUCUGGAACGCGCAGUGCAAUGCUGCGGUCGUCACCGUGCUGUACGGUACCAAACCGCAAUUGCCUGGCGUGCGAUGUUUCCACGCUGCGUGGAGACGCAGCGAAUGAGCAGUCGGUUCUAUGCUUUGCACAAUAUUCGGGUGUUGAGCUUCCAGAGUGCCAGCUUCCAUUCUCCAAUUUUAUUUCCAUUUUAGGGGUCAUUCUGAGAAAAGCAUCAUAUAUACCGGACUCUGCAUAUCCACUCGCAAUAUUUCGAGGACACUAUCUCCACGAGUCAGAGGAUUAUUGCCUUUGCCACAACACUGACCCAGUGAUUAUAUUCCACCAAAGUUUGGUAGCCACCAGAGAUGGCACCAGAUAAUUCAAAUACAGCAUUGGUAAUCUGUGGAUCUGGCCAACAAUGACCGCACAAAUAUGAUAGUUUUGGUUCACAUGUAAUUUGACUUUGGUCAACUCUGAUUGCUUAGAUUUGGUUUAUUUAAUACAGGGAAAACGAAUGAUAACUUUGCACAGCUAGAACAUAGGCUGAAUGAUAUUAGAAUAUAUAUACGCUCCCAUUGGGAUAGUAAGAGAAUGCUUAGGAUGUCACUUCUGGCUUACUUGCAAAUGCCAUUUGUCAUUGAGGUGUUUGUAGUACGUAUGGAAAAAUGCAUCGCCGUGCAUGGAAGCGAUGACAAUUCUAACAGUGAAAAAUGAAAGACAAAAAAAUGUAUAUAAUUUAUGAUCGGUGAGAGUGCGGUUUGUCUCGCCGCUCUAUCGAGCGUGAAGACAACGGCCACCUCCAUUCGUGGUGCCGAGCCAAUGGUGGAAUUAUUCGUGAACGCAUGGCCAAUAUUGCGAUGGCUCCUUUUACCCUCGGUGCGAAUGAGCGAGCACAAUUGAGCCAGCGCCGCAUGGAAGCCUGGGUUCAAAUCCAGGCAGUCCCUCGGAAAUCAAAGCAAAUCCCGAAAGUUGUGGAUGAUUCGCUCGGUUUUCAAUCAUCACAACGAUCAGAACCCUCUAUUAGCAGCAGGCGAAUGACCAUCCAACACAAGUCUCUUGCAGGACAGACCCAGGAAAAUCAACGUACCGUCUUGCACAAAAAAAUAUGAAGUAACUAAGUAUAAGUUGAUGAUUCGACUCUUUAUAUUGAGCAGUACAAACCUGAGCAAGCGGAGUUCCGUGUAAUUCGUGCACGCCGUGAUCGGUGGAGGAACAGUUCACGAGUGCGCUCUUAGCACAGAAACCCACAACACAAGACGUGACGCUAUUGAACAUGCACUGUAGGUCCAAGUGGACUUUUAAUUCUUCACAUUUUCCAGGAGGCUGGUGGUAGACUGGGAUAGGCACGUGACUGUUGUAACCACAGUCAUAGCAAAGGGUAUACUGGAUGUGGUGUGCUCGGUGAGGAAGUAUUUAUCCAGGUUGCCGACCCAGGCAUACCCGGCUGACCCUGGAUUUAACGAUUUAACCCCUGUACAUUUCAGUGACUUGUCAAUUAUCCACAGGUUUCCUAAAUAAUGUAAUAUCCUGUCGGUCUACUGCUGUAUGAAGGCCACCCCACGCUGUGCAACUCAUGUGGGUUAUUUCACCGUACUUCAUGCUGGUAAAUGCGGGCUGGUGAAGGGAGGGUAUGGGGUAAGUUCAGGGCUGCUGCAGAUAUCACCUUAGCCUUCACCUGUUCAUAGUGCAGUGUGUUAACCACUGUGCUGCCACCCCACCUACAUAUAAAUAUAUUAGUACAUGAAAAAAAGUAUCACUGCCUUGUUCAGAAAUGAUCAAUUCUUACACCCGAUUGUGUACAUUAAUCAAUAUAUUUUUUAUCAAAUGAUCAGUCCAUGCGGUGAAUACAUUGAGCUGGGCCCUGAUUAUGUAACUUAAUCGAUCACAACAUUUACUCCACCAAAUCGGAUCGCACAAAAAAAAGAAAGUAUCAUCUCUUCCCACGUGUGCCGCUGGACGGGAGGUAACGAGUCGAGUUUAGCGACAUCGUUGACUGCGUCACGCUGGGCGUGGCUUAUACUGCGGGGGUUUCCCACCUUCGGAAGGAAGCAUGUGAAAAGUUACCAUUUCCAAAGUUUCCCAAGUAAUUGACCACUUAAAUAAGGAGUAGAUUGCAAAUUUUAGUCCAUUAAUCAACUUAAUUGACCAAUCGCCGCGGUUCCAAAUGCAUGAACAGCCCCAUUGGGUCACGCGCAGUCUUCGGCGCACGAGGCAGCAAUGGAUUUUUGGGGCUUCCAACCUGAAACAUUGAUCCAGUAUUGCCUCAAGAGGACGUUUACCAUUUUAAAAAGUUUGCUCGUUAAAAAGAUAUAUUUUGAUUGCUUUGUGGAGACAUGCACAUUUCUUUACCAAAAAUGGUCAAUAAACUCGCUCACGAAUAUG